AAAACAUUAAUUAAGCAACCGUAGGCUUGGUUAAUCUUUAAAAAUACAAUAGUCUUUAAAAAGGACCAGUGCUGCUUCCGGCCGGGGCGGGCUCCCGCAGUGGCGGGAAAACGGCGGCCGCGGCGUCUCUUCCGAGACGCUGAGGGCGGAGACCGUGAGGCUCUGGUCUGCCGCUCGCGCCGCCAUGGACGCGGCCGAGGUCGAGUUUCUCGCCGAGAAGGAGCUGGUUACCAUUAUUCCCAACUUUAGUCUGGACAAGAUCUACCUCAUCGCGGGGGACCUGGGGCCUUUUAACCCUGGUUUGCCAGUGGAAGUGCCCCUGUGGCUGGCAAUUAACCUGAAACAAAGACAGAAAUGUCGCCUGCUCCCUCCAGAGUGGAUGGACGUAGAAAAGUUGGAGAAGAUGAGGGAUCAUGAACGAAAGGAAGAAACUUUUACCCCAAUGCCCAGCCCUUACUACAUGGAACUUACCAAGCUCCUGUUAAAUCAUGCUUCAGACAACAUCCCGAAGGCAGAUGAAAUCCGGACCCUGGUCAAGGAUAUGUGGGACACUCGUAUAGCCAAACUCCGAGUGUCUGCUGACAGCUUUGUGCGACAGCAGGAGGCACAUGCCAAGCUGGAUAACUUGACCUUGAUGGAGAUCAACACCAGCGGGACUUUCCUCACACAAGCGCUCAACCACAUGUACAAACUCCGCACGAACCUCCAGCCUUUGGAGAGUACUCAGUCUCAGGACUUCUAGAGCAGGCGGCUUGCUGGGGGGAUGUGAGUGCUCAGGACGUGAUGAGGUACUCGUGGUUCUGGAGCUCUAGAAACACUUCUGUUGCAUGAAAAAUGGUGAUGGUGCAAGGAAUGGAUUCAGGACAUUGUUGGAGAAACAACAAGUUUGUGAUUAGUCCUUAAAACUUAGCUCCCUAGGACAUUCUUCAAUUCCACAUCUGUUUCUAGAAACCAGCCUUCCCCCCCGCCUUUUGAGAAAUAAAAAAGCUUUAGGCAAAUUUAAAAAAAAAAAAAAAGGACCAGUGCUAAUUGCAUUACGCUUCUGUGUAAAAAACAAACAAACAAACAAACAAACAAAAAACCCUCAGAUUUAUUUGUCCUUUCUGCCAAAACAGAGAUAAGAGAAGAUCAAGGGAGUAGACAGAUAAAAAGGUCAUGUGAGCACACAGCAUAAAGGCAGCUGCCCACAAGCCAGGAAGAGAGGCAUCAUCAGAAACCGUACAUACUGGCUUCCUGAUCUCAGACUUUCAGCCUCCAGAAUGAUGCACUGGCUCUGUAGGCUCCCAGGAUGUGUGUGCUGCAUGGAUCUCUUCUCAUCUGUAUAACCUCAUCCAUAUAACUAAGAGAUUGAACCAAAUCCCCAGGCCUACUGAGUAAGAAAUCAGAGUUAAGGCCCCCAUGGGAGAGGACUGCGUCCCCAAAAGAAAAGUGAAAACAUAGCGUUUUUAAGAGGCAGUGUGACUUUACAGAACAAGAUGAAUGUGGGCAUAGGAGAGAUAUAAGGCUCUGCCAAACAGAGAAGUAUGAAGGUGAUGAGAAGAAAAACAGAAGGGAAAGAGAAUAUGAGGAACACUAUCCUGAAAUCUGAAGGGAGAUUCCGACAGAACCCAAGCAUCGGUUUUUCUCUCCCUUUGGAUCCCCUCCUUCUAGCAUUCUUAAGAAAUGAGAAAAGGAGUUGACUUAUGUCUGCUUCUAAGUGGUCCGCUUGACUACUGAUCCUUCAAAUUGCAUGUUCAACUCUGCUUCACUGCUCUUGGCCAGAGACCAUUGCCUACUUUGCUUCUCUUUACAGCUUAAAACAAGAAUUCCUGUCACUCUCAAAUAAAUGCUGCCACCUUUGCAAGGGCCUUUGUAGAGGUGUAUGUUUUGCUAGGGGGCGUUCCUUACCUUGUGGGCCUGUCCAAUCUCUACCUCUGUCUUCAUGUGGCCUCUUCCUCUUUGUGUCUUCCCCUCUGUCUCUUAUAAGGACACUAGUCAUUGGAUUUAGGGCUCACCCUAGUCCAGCAUGAGCUCAUCUAGAGAUCGUUACCUUAACAUCUGCAAAGACAUUUCAUCCAAAUAAGAUUACAUCAUUAAGUGGAUUAUUGGAGGACACUAUUCAACCCACUUCAGAGGGUGGAUGAAUACUUCCAUUUUUGUCACCUCCUUGUUUUUCUCUAUAUAUCACUACAUAAAAUUAUAUGGCUUAAUCACAUUUUGCUGAAAGUUUGGCAGAAAUGAAAAGAAACUAGAGCACAUAAGGAAGAAACAGCUAUAUGCUAAACAUACUUUUCCUGUGCCAAAUAAGAGUCUUUAAGAAAUUAAACCAUUCAUAGCCAUCAUCUCAUGAAUAAUUUAGACUCUACCUUAAGUCCAUGAGCCCUAUGGGAGGCUUUCUUCUUCAAGCCUUGACAGCGUAGCUGUCCCUGCAGUACUGCAGGGGUUGGCUUCACCCCAAGGACCUUUCCCUUUCCCCACCAGCUAGUCCAUGGGACCCAAUCAUUAUUAACUAUUUUCCUAGGUCUGAGUUAUUUACUACUAGAGUAACACCAUGGAAGUAACUCCAACAGGAUGGUCCAAGGUGGGUUUGAGAAACCCCAGUCUGGCAGAAUAAUCUAGGCUAGGUAUAGCCCUCCAUGCUCAUUUUCUUUUGAAAUAACCUCACCAUUGAGAGUUAUAGCUAUGCCCCUUUCUUUUUUCUAAUUGUCUCACAUUUCUCAGGGAUAGUUUCUCAGAACAAUAGAUUGCAUGUUGUUAGGUACAGAAACCUCCAAUACUAAGCCAUAUAUACUUUGAUACAAGAGCCUGAGUAAGCUUUUAGAGAAAAGAUCCCUUCUAAAAUCAUCUCUUGUGGGUAGUGGAGAGGAAGGGAUGCUAGUGAUGGUAGUAGUAGAUAGUAUUAGGGAGCAGAAGCGUAGUUUCAUUAUUUGGUUAUACUAUCAAAGCCACUUCUCAUUAGAGAUCACUUGUAGAUCACCACUCUUGUUUCAGACAUAGUUUUCUUCCACAUUUUAAAUAAUAUUCCUGUGCAUACAGGCUCAGAAGAGUAACACUCAUUCAUUAAACCAAACCAAACACCUUUCUGCACAACUAAAGAAAAUAAUAUUGGCCAGCUUCUUACUUCUAAUUGCCCUGAAAUAUAUACAAAGCCAGACUUUAACUUACUGUGGUCCCUAUAAUGUUAGAAAUUUCUACCUUAAAAAGUUAUCAGCAGAAUCUUUCAGGGUACAUCUUUCUAGGUUGUACCUAAGCUGUUUUCUAUUGGGGCCAAGGGGCUCCUUGGCAAUGCCUCUAAUCCUUUAUUCUUCCCUAAAUUGCUUUUGGUAUUUAAUUUUCUGGGCCGAGUUUUUAUUGACUUAGGCUUUAUUCCCUGGAAAUGUUUGUUAUUGCUGUUGUUUAAUUAUGAAAUAUUUCAUUCAUACAAAAGUACAGAGACCUAUAACAAACACCAUGUGUUCACUCUUAAACUCAACUAAAUGCAUGCUUUGGAAUUUUUUUAUAAGUGAAAUCUUACAUUUGAUUCAUUUGAAGCCAGACAGGUGUAGAUUUUUUUAACUUUUUUGUUGAUAUUAAGAUUUUAAUACUUGGUUAAGAGAAAUAUUAAGAAGCACAUAAAUUUCUUCAGAAAGUGUUUUCCUUUUAAAUGGCUAGGAAAUGAAUCCUUUACAUGAGGCAUUCCGGAUGGAUGAAUCCUAGGCCCUCUUCUCUUCUCUUCUCUUCUCUUCUCUUCUCUUCUCUUCUCUUCUCUUCUCUUCUCUUCUCACUCUGUAUUACUUCCCUGCUUGAUCUCAUCCAUGUCCAUGGCUUAAUUACUACUCCACUGAUGACAGCUCCUGAGCUCAUAUCUUCAACUCAGAUCUCUGCUUGGAGUUACAGACCUAUACAUCCAGCAGUUAUCUUAUCAUGCCACAAAGUCUUCAAUUUAACCCACAUGACCCAACAAAACCAUGAUUUCCCUAACCUUUGCUUUUCUCUCUCUCAGCAAAUGGCACCAUCAUCUAUCAAAUUAGGCAUCUCAGACUUCUGGGAUUUAACCUUGAUAACUUCUUCUCCAUCAAUUUCUUAUUUAAUCUGUCAGCAAGUCCUCCUGAUUGUACCUCCUCAGUAUGUAUCAAAUUCAUUUACUUAUCUCUUCCUCUGUGACCACUCGACUAGUCCCAACCAUCAUCAUUUCUUAUUCCACCUUCAGCAAUAACUUCCUAACUAUUCUGCAUGCAUUUUUCCUGGGCCCCUCCAGCAGAUUCUCUGCAUCAUAGCCAGAGUGAACUUUUCAAAACACCAAUCUGAUUAUAUGACCUCCAUCCUGCUGGAUCAUCAUUCUUAAGAUAAACAGAAUGAUGCAUAGUGUGCAUGAUCUGGCCCACCCUUUGUCUCUUGGCUUCUUUUAUUAUGUCUCACUCUGUGCUCUAGCUUUGUAGGUUUUGAAAACAUCAUGCCUUCUUCCUCCAGAUCCCUCGCACAUGCUGUUCCCUCAGUGAAAAAAAGAAAGCAGUGAAAUAAUUGAAAGUGUAUGUGUUGGGGUGGGGAUGGGCAGAAAUCCUAGGCAGUCAUCCACAGAAGGUGUUUCAGGGUCAGGAGCCUUGGCAGGUUGACUACUCAAAUGCUUACAAAUGGGAAGACACAUACAACCAGUUCCCCACCAUACCAUGUUACCUGGAUGUCCAUAGAAAAAAAAUAUAUAUAUAUAUAUUUAUUGAAGUGUCCUUCUUCUGCCAUUUAUAAGGUAACUUCUAUUCAUCUCUCAUAUUUCAACUCACAUAUCACUUCUUUAGGGAAGCUUCCCUAACCCUGCUCACCACCACCACCACCCCCACCCCCACCCCAUCAAUCUUGGCCACGGUUCUUUGUUAAUAGCUUUUAUUUAAUUGUACUCUUUUCUUCCCUGGGCCUUUUCUCAGAUGUAAAAAUAUACCCCAGCCCCUACCACUAUCUUGUAAACACCAUGAAGACAUGAAUAAAUAAGUGAUUCUCAAGCUAUAUAAUUUA